CGUCGUAGUAAAAUUGGCUUGAGUGACUGAACGUCGUGCGAGAGUGUCCUGCUCAAAUUCUUCAAACUACAGAGGCAUUUUCCUCAUACUAUCACAGCUUUUGGAUACUUCCGUUGCUUGACAAGCUCUUGAGUGAGUUGGCAUUGACAAAACUCCAAAUUGGAUUUAUAUAUUAUAAGAGUUGCUUUCGAAAUGGCAGCAAUUGCACACCGAUUAGUGCUCACCAGCGAUCAGAUUCAAGUCAGAGAUCACCGAGACCACAAUUAUCAUCGGUCAUCUCAAUCCAUACCAGACGACGAUAUGAACUCACUUGAAGACAGCGAUUCUAUGGAGUCUUGCUUCGCAGGAGAGGAGGAAUUUUACUCCUCCACGCUAACCCCGCCCACCCCCAGUGAGGACAUUUGGAAGAAGUUUGAGUUGUACCCAACCCCACCCCUAAGCCCAAGUCACAAUCCAGAUGACAAGGAAAGUGAUCGUCACCCAAGACAUCAUCAACAAGAUGGCGAAGCAGAUCUCCUUCAAGAAGUUACCAACAUCCUUAUGGACGAUGAUGACCUUCCGUGGUUAACCCGCAAGUGCCACUUCUCCGACCCUGUCUUCCGCACCCCCUCCCCAAUCAGCCCUGCCCUUAUCCAGGAUUGUAUGUGGAGCAGCAUUAUCGCUGAAGAGAGGCGGAAACUUUUCAUGAAGUCUGAGAAGAAACAUGCGGAGGAGAGAGCCACCAAGAAAGCAUCGACGCCGAGUUCCGGAGUGAUGCUCCCACCCCUUGUACCAGCAUCUGAGUACGGGUCCUCGGACUGUGUGGAUCCUUCUGCUGUAUUCCCAUACCCACUCAGUGAAACCAGAUUGGAUUUAUUCAGCUCGGGAACAAAUACACCUUCUGACUCUGAAGAAGAGAUUGAUGUCGUCACAGUUGAGAAGAAGCACCACUCCGUUCACAAAAUCAACACGACAAGACCGUAUCACAAGCAAUCAACGAAAGUACGUCACCAGCACCAUCACCGGCCGAUAAGCGUGGCCCUGGUCGGGAGCAAGCGAGGGCGCCCUUCAACGGCGACGAUACUCUCGAUACCUAUCAAGAAGCUGAAGACGGAGGGGAAUCUGGAGGAGGUCAAACAAAUCUUACAAAAGUCAAAUUUGAUUCGAAGUUCAUCAGGAAGCAGUCGUGGGAGUAGUCGAGGAUGCAGUCGAAACAGCAGUCAGCCGUCGAGUCAACCAAGCAGCCACCCAUCAUCCGAUUCUGAAGACACCGAGAAGAGGGCGUGUCACAACGUCUUGGAGAGGAAACGAAGAGAGGAUCUCCGAACAAGUUUCCUCCUUCUCCGUGAUGAGGUCCCGGAGUUAGGAACCUGUGAUCGAGCAGCAAAAGUUGUGAUUCUUAAGAAAGCAACAGACUAUGUGUCAUCUCUUCGAGACAGGGAAGAAACCCUUAGAAUGGACAUGGCAACGGAGAAGAACAGAAACCUUCAACUAAGGAGGAGACUGGAAGCGCUCUUAGCUCCUCUAACUUUGUAAAUAAGUUUAUAUCCUUUAAAGAACUGGACUUGGACCACCAUGAUGAUUAAAGCCUUAGUUGCCGUCAAGAAUUUGUGAAGGAAUCGCAGAAACACUUAAACAACUAUUUGUUUUUAUUUUUAAAAGCAUGAUGGAAAAGAAAAAAAAGGACUCGCAGCUGAUUGUAUAUAACAAAAUAUCACAAGGAGAGGAGAAAUGGAAAAGAUUUAGAGAAAAGUGAUUAAUAUGAAAGAUGUUUAUUUUUUUUGUAAAUAGGUGUUUUGAUUGGUUUGUAUGGAAAGACACAUCUGUAUAAUAGUUUAUACAGAUAUCGUGUACAUAUGUAAUAAAUAAAAAGAUUGUAAUAAUAUUUUAGUUCCUUAUGUAUCCUAUGUUUUGUAAUUCUUUUAUAUAUUUUAUUUGCACAUUUUUAGCUGUCAAACUAACUAUCACAAUUAUACCCAGCUUACAUUUUUAAUGUAAAAACUAAAAAUCCAAUUGUUUGUGUUUACUUGGAGCCAAGUAAGAAUUGUAAUGAGUUGCCCUCUAUCAGUAGUUAACUUUUGGCUGUUUGUUCUUCCAGUCAUGAUUAUUUGUUUCUGAUUGCUAGGUUGAUGGGUUUCAUGUUGGAGGUUGCAUAAUUAUUGUUUUAGUUUGGGUUUGUUUUUCUCCUUUUUUCAUAUUGCGUAGCUUUUUUUUCGAAUAAUAUUAACGAAGUGCAAAUUUUUUCAGAACUUAUAUAUUUUCUUAUUUUAUUUUUGUGAUUUUUUGAGAGACAAAUUAUAAAUCCAUAAUUAAAAAAAGAGGUUGUUUACCGACAUUAUAAAAUCAAACUUGAUUGUUAAAUUCCCAAUGAAUAAGUAAAUGAACAACAUUUUCCAAUUAAGUUAUAUGAUCAUAACAGAAAAAUAUAUUUAUGAUUUUGAAAGUUGCCACAAGAAGAACAACUACAUUGAUUUAAAAAAUAAUGUUCAUUGAAUGUUAACUGUUUCAACUUGAGACCACGUUUAAAACAGCCAGCGAAAUUUGAAAGUUGUUAUUGACCAAUAGUCUGUAUUGUUCCAGUGGUUUUGUGAUUGGAGUCCUAAACUUACGGCCCCUCCCCCUUCACAAGUUCCAGGUUUUUAUUUUUAAAAGGUUGCCUUGCGUAUUUAAAUAAAAAUGUUCAACCAUUGGCAUAAAAUCAUGCCGUUGAAUUAUUUAUGAUAAGAAUAAUUUGAAUUCUUACCCAGGUAGGGUCAUUAACGUUAACUCCGCCAUAUCGUUAUCUUCCAAUUUUUUUAUUGUAAUUUUUCACUUGAUUUAAUCCAAUAAUGGACAUUUAAAUUAUUAUUCAAAAAUUGAACCUUGCUUUUAGUACUGCCUUUUGUAUCUUAAAACUGCCAUAGAAAAUAUGAACCAUAAUGAUAUUUCCCAAGCUUGUAUAAUGAUUUGUUUUGAUUAUGUUGAUUGUUGGUGGUGUUGCCAACUUUUGGCAGAAAGAAUUACUUGUUUUAUUUACAUGUAAUUGAAGUUUUGAGAAGUUCAGUCCCGUUUUGUGCUGAACAGAUAAAUAAACCUACUUUUCCCAACUGACAGCUAAA